GUCCACCUCCGCCAUGCCGCAAGCAGUGCCUGAGCAUGUCGUCAAGAAGCGCAAGGCCCAAGAGGCCAUCGCCGCUGACAGACAGGCUACCUUGAUCAAGGAACGCAAGGAGAACAAGGAGGCUAGAAAGGCCAUGAUUGUUAGGACCGCGAAGUACCACAAGGAGUACAAACAGGCUGCUGCGGAUCUUGUCAGGUUUCGCCGUGAGGCGAAGAAGCACGGAAACUUCUUCAUGGAGCCUGAGCCCAAGCUUGUUCUUGUUGUUCGCAUCAAGGGUAUCAACUCUGUUGAUCCCAAGACUCGCAAGAUCUUGCAGCUCAUGCGCCUUCGCCAGAUCAACAACGCUGUGUUCAUGAAGGUCAACUCUGCCUCCAUCAACAUGCUUCGGCUUGCGGGUGAGUACGUCACCUACGGCCCUCCCAACCUCAAGACUGUGAGGGAGCUCAUCUACAAGCGUGGUUUUGCGAGCGUGAAGAAGCAGCGCAUGCCACUCACCGACAACAAGAUCAUUUCGGAGGCCUUGGGGGAACAUGGAAUUACUUGCAUGGAGGACCUCAUCCACGAAAUCUACACCGUUGGACCGAAGUUCAAGGAAUGCAACAGAUUCCUCUGGCCGUUCAAGAUGUCUUGCGCCAAGGGUGGCAUGCCCAAGAAGCGCUUACAUUUCAUUGAGGGUGGACAGUAUGGUGACCGUGAGGAGUUGAUCAACAGCCUCGUGCGCAAAAUGAACUAAAUCUGAGAAAGUAUUAAACCACUCCCAGGAAUUUUGUUUUAUGAAUAUCUGUAUUUCGAU